CCUCAUACUCUAUCUGGGGCUGAUAUGAGGACAUCCGGACAGGCCUGGACACGGGCGCCAUGUCGGAUCGGCCAGCUAGGGCUCACGCCAUCCCCGCCAAUGCCCUCACAAAUACCCCAACCCAUCGGACGAACCGGAGUCAAACCCUCACUUUUGUCGGUCCACUCGUCUGUUCCGCUUCCCUCGUCUCCUCCGCUUCCUCCCAAAUCCGCCCUCAGCCAUGGCCAAGUCUGGCCAGGACUCGACAGCAAGAGCGAUUCCAUGGACUGGAACGAGGAGGAGGACGACAGAUCCAGUAGCGACGCGUUGUACGAGGUGGAGCUCGCGCCUGGACACCGGCCGGAGCUCGAGUUCGAUCGCGUCCACCCCCAGUUCCUCCACACACUGCCGGUGGGAUGCGGGCCGCGCCCACCCGUUCCGCUCCGCAUCGCUCCAGAUCCGGAGCCGAGCGGACGUCUCCCCUUCCCCUCCGACGCUAGCAAAGCCUUGGCAGCGGUAGGUGCUCGUGCUCGCGGCUCUCGUGCGAACGCGCAUGGGAGUCCAAGGCGAAGGCGGCUCGAUGCGAGCGACAGCGGGGCAGCGACUGCGUCGGAGCCCGGCUCUUCCUGCCAGUGGGCAUGCUCCAGCCCCGUCGACCCGGAGGAGGCGCUCCUCCGCAAGGUCAUGUGGCGCUUGCUGACCACGACGGAUUCCGACAUGAGGUGACUCCGGUGCUAGAACACGAAGCUGCUCCGCCUCAAGCUCGAGGCGUCCGAGCGCCUCGCGAGGGAGGAGUCGACCGCCACCAAGGUCGCCCGCCACGUGAAGGAGCAACAACGCCUCCUCCGCCGCCUCUCCAGCUACAUUUUGUCAGCAUCGGAGAGAGGCACCACCAACAUAGAUGACGACGACGACCCUCCCGCCGUAGAUGCAUAUACGGAGAUGGGCCGCUGCGAUGCCAACCGCAAGCGAUGAGCUCCAACCACCUCCCCUUAUCUCAUUUUAUUUUCUUUGUAGUAUAAAAUCCGACAAAACGUCUUUUGGGUUCGAUGCAAUCUGUCCGAUAAACUAUGUUCCAAGUUUCUUGUUCUAUGUUGAUCUAUGUCCUUCUAAUGUUGUUUCAAUUCAUCCA